CAAAACACCAUGUAGCCUUCACAGCAACUCUGACAGGCGAUAGAAGCAUUGGACACCAUCAAGUCGUCAAGUAUGACAGGGUCCUGACCAACAUAGGGCGGGCCUACAAUCCCUGGACGGGACACUUCAGAGCCCGAUACAGCGGUAUUUAUCUGAUUUCAUGUACAGCAAUGAGCGAAAGGGGCUACGAGUCCUACAUGGAGAUUGUCAAGAAUCACCAUGUUUUGACGACAUUAUUUUCGAAUUCCGGGACGUACCCCAUGAGUUCUCAAACUCUGGUUUUACGGCUGAGGCGAGGUGACCGUAUUUGGGUCUGGGGAAGAGAAAGUCACCAGGUACUGAACGAUAAUUCCAACUUCAACGUUUUUUCUGGUGUUUUGCUGUAUUGA